AUGUCCGAUCCACCCCAGGACCUGCUGGACGGUAUCUCCGGCGCACUAGCAUCAGAAGGCGACGUCCUGCAAAUGAUCCUAGUCACCUUCAUCGGGCUAUCAUGCUACAACGUCGCCGAACUAGUCGUCCUCGUCCCAUCAACAUUCCGCCGCUGGCGCGGCCUCUAUUUCUGGUCCCUCCUCGCAUCAGGCUGUAUAGGCGUCGUCCCGUACUCGAUCGGCUUCUUGAUGAAGUUUUUUACCCGCGCCGACUCUGUCUUGUCGGUUACCGUGUUGACGGUGGGGUGGUGGACGAUGGUGACGGGUCAAUCGAUCGUGUUGUACUCGCGUCUGCAUCUGGUGUUAAGGGAUGAGAAGAUACUGAGACGGGUUCUGUGGUUGAUUGUGGCCAAUUUCUUUCUUUUGCAUAUUCCCACGACGGUUUUGACGUAUGGGGCGAAUAUUGUGCAUACCGGUGAUAGGGCCUGGAUCAAGGGGUAUAAUAUCAUGGAGAAGAUUCAACUUACGGGCUUUACCAUUCAGGAAUCUCUGCUGGGCACGUUGUAUGUUAUCGAGGCUGUGAAAUUGCUUCGUCUGGGUGCCGAUGUUACGGCUAGACCGGAUGCAAGGUCGAUUAUGUAUCAGCUCAUUGGGAUCAAUUGUGCUAUUAUCGCGAUGGAUUUAUUGUUGCUGGGCCUUGAGUAUGCAAAUUUUUAUGCCGUGCAGAUUACGCUCAAGGGGUUUGUUUACUCGCUCAAGUUGAAGUUGGAGUUUGCUGUGUUGGGACGAUUGGUCGAUCUUAUUCAGGGUUCGCGGCAUCCUAUUUCUAUUUCUAUGGCGGAUACGUUGCCGCUUUGUUCGUUUCAGCGUCCGCCGGAGACGCCGGAUCGGAGUGAUGAUUUGCCUUGUACGCCCGAGUCGAAGGAGGUUUUGUCUACGCCGGAUGGGGCGAGGGUUGUGGAGGGGAGGGUUUUUGUGGAGGUUGGACCGGGGAUUCAUGGUGGAUGA